GAUUGUCAUGUUCCCAUGUCUUCGCGUGAAAGUCUCGUCCAUUUUUCCGGCAAUCGUGGCUUUCUUGUAGGAUAGCGCAUUUUAGUUGCACCCCGCGUGUUGCUACCGUACAGGCUAGCAAACGCCACAGCCACAAGCUCGCUCGCGUAGCGGCUGGACGUGAUCACAUCCGGGCGCGAUGCCGGUGUGUCAGGCAGUCUUUUUUCCGAUGCCCAAGGCUCAUAAGAGGCCGGUAAACGCAGGGCCCAUAAGAGGCCGGUCGUGUGAGGCCAUUGUUGUGCGACCCGUUGUAGGAACCAGGGCGACGCAUAAUUCAUGCAUUGCAGCAUCGCAGUACCAUGGCGGGAGGGGAUCGACCGCGGCUGCCAACCUCUCCCUGAGAACCGACGGCUGACCGCCAGCCAGCCUCGGAACGUUCAGGCGGCCCGGCGCGCCAUGAAGCGUUUGCGGCAGGAGCGGCCAGAAGAUGCGAGCACGAAGCCCGCAGCGGAAUUCUCAGAUGGAGCUGCUGGUGCUUCCCCUCGGCCAGGCCAUCGAUGAGGGGUGGAGGGUCGCCGACCUGCUGGACGAGGUGCGCGCCAGGGUGCGCUGGGUGCUGCAGGAGGACGUGCAGGAGCUGGAGCUGACCAGCCACGGGGGCCGCCUGCACGAGGGCGACCCGGUUGAGGCCGUGCUGGGCGACGGCGACCUCGUCCGCACCGCCUGCUCCGCGCCCAGCGUGCGGGGGCCGGGCAGCUCCCGCGGCGCGCCGCCCUGGCAGGUGCCGGCGUGGGCCCAGGAGCAGGACGCCGCUGUGCCGCUCGCGCCCCGCGCGGUGCCAAGGGGCACGCCGCCCCGCGCCGCCCCCGGCUGCGCUGGGGCGCGAGGCGGCCCGGCCGCGGAGGCCGCAGCGGAGAGGUCGCGGUCUCCGCCAGCGCGCGGCAUGGUAACUCCGCCCCCGCUGCCAGCCGCGGCGGGCGCCGGGGCCGCGCGAGGCCCUGGCACUCCGCCGCCGCUGCCGCCGGCCCUGGACGGCAAGGAGUAUGGAAGAUGGCCAGCCUUGACGAAGGCGGCCUUCGACGGCGACGCGGGGCUCGUGGAGGAGCCCGGGCUCUGCUCGCCCGUCGCCCCCGCCAGGGCUUCCUCCUGCUGCACGAUAGUGGGGGUACGGGGUUAGGGAAG